ACUGCGCAGAUUGUGACAGUAGUGAUCAGCUCGAAUGCACCCGUGUUGCUGACAGCGUCCUGCACUUUGACCGCGCUGCUGUAAUUCUGCGCCCAUUACAGUUAAAGCUAUGGAGGAAGUCACAGGAGCUCAGCUUAUUGCUGAAGCACUGAAGGCUCAGAAUGUGGAGUACAUGUUUGGCAUCGUUGGGGUUCCCAUCAUUGAGGUUGCCAUGGCAGCCCAGGCUGCGGGCAUCAAGUAUGUGGGCAUGCGCAAUGAACAAGCGGCCUGUUAUGCUGCUUCUGCAGUCGGAUAUUUAACAGGACGUCCAGCAGUGUGUCUUGUGGUGUCUGGACCUGGGCUGAUCCAUGCACUUGGUGGAAUGGCCAAUGCUAACAUGAACUGCUGGCCUGUGAUCGUCAUUGGAGGCUCCGCAGAUCAGAAUCAGGAGACAACUGGAGCAUUUCAAGAAUUUCCACAGGUAGAAGCCUGUCGUCUUUACAGCAAGUUUUCAGCCCGACCAGGCAGCCUUGUUAUGAUACCAGCUGUAGUUGAAAAGGCAGUAAGGAGCAGUAUUUACGGUCGUCCAGGAGCAUGCUACAUAGACAUCCCUGGUGACAUGGUGAAUGCAAGAGUGGACCGGAAAACCAUCAGGUUUCCGUCCUGUUGUCCUCCUCCUCCAGUGAGCCUGGCUAACAAUCACGAAAUCUCCAAAGCUGUCACGAUGCUCAAACAGGCCCAGAGACCGCUGCUCAUCAUUGGCAAAGGCGCGGCAUACAGCCGGGCGGAGAACGAAAUUAAAGAGCUGGUGGAAGUAAGUGGGUUGCCCUUCCUGCCUACUCCGAUGGGAAAAGGAGUACUUCCUGAUGACCAUCCCAACUGUGUGGCCGCUGCCCGCUCCAGAGCUCUGCUGCAGGCAGAUGUGGUAGUGCUGCUGGGUGCCAGACUAAACUGGAUCCUGCACUUUGGCUUCCCUCCCAGAUUUAGCCCUGAUAUGAAACUUAUUCAGGUGGAUAUAUGUGCAGAGGAGCUGAGUAAUAAUGUGAGAGCUACAGCAGCACUACUGGGAGAUGUCAGGGCCGUAGUCAGCCAGCUGGUAGAACUCUUGAGAUUAAACACAUGGAUGUAUCCAGCAGACACAGAGUGGUGGACAAACCUGAAAGAAAAAAUGGCUUCCAAUGCUCGGAUAUCAAAGGCUCUUUCUCUCCAAAACACUCUGCCCAUGAACUACUAUACAGCAUUUUACCACAUCGCUGAACUCCUACCCAAAGACUGUGUCAUUGUCAGUGAAGGAGCCAACACCAUGGACAUUGGCCGCACCAUGCUGCUCAACUACUUACCCAGACGCAGGCUGGAUGCCGGGACGUUCGGCACCAUGGGUGUGGGACUUGGUUUUGCCAUUGCUGCAGCAGUAUUGGAGAAGGCUCAGCAGACAGGCAGAAGAGUGGUGUGUGUGGAGGGAGACAGUGCGUUUGGCUUCUCGGGCAUGGAAGUAGAGACCAUGUGCAGGUAUAAGCUGCCAAUCAUCAUCAUUGUCAUCAACAACAAUGGCAUAUAUAGUGGUGUAAAUACAGAGACAUGGAAGGAAAUGGAGAAGAUGGGAGACAUGACCACUAUAGCUCCUCCAGUAACACUCCUGCCCGAGGCACGUUACGAGCAGGUAAUGUGUGCGUUCGGGGGAAGCGGCUAUCUGGUCAGGACAGUAGAGGAACUGUGCACUGCCCUACAGCAGAGCUUGAAUGAGACCACCACCCCAAGCCUAAUUAACGUGCUCAUAGACCCGAGCUCGGACCGAAAGCAACAGGAGUUCCCCUGGCUGACUUGCUCUAACCUGUAAGAGAGUAAGAAGAGGAGUUAAGCUGGAAUCUCUAUCCCUCUUUGCUAUGAUGGAUUUACAUAUGACUCGCACAGUGCCUUCCUGUGAUCUUUUAUGAUAAUGAAAAGCACAAAAUGUAUUGUAAUGGGAAGUAGCAGUGGCACAUGCCGAUUCAACAGUGCUCUUCUAAACCUAGACGACAAAACUACCCGAUCCUGCACCUUUAUGUAUUCCCAUUGAUUACCAGAUGUUUUCUAAAAAAAAAAAACUAAACAAAUUAAAUAUGAGGCUCUUUUUUUCAGCCACAAACCUGAACUGUGGUUAACCUGUGAUUAUGAAUUUAUUGAUCUUUUAUCUCUUUACAUAAUAAAGAACAAUCACAAUUGACUCCGCUAACAUAAGUUUUAAAAUUAGAAAGUCCAGACCCAGCAGUUCUUAUAUGGAUUUAUAUUUUCCAGACUCCAAAUUCAUCCAAUGAAGGACUUGUGAAUCAGCUGAUGAGUUGAAAUAAGGAGCGUGUUAAAUCUGGCCAGAUGCUAAACUCUCUGUAUUGUGGCCCUCGUGGAUUGCAUUCUGAUGCCCCUGUUUUAAAAUUUACACAGAAGUAGUCCCAUGACUGAAAUUGUGUUUCUUAAACAUUUGAAAAUAUACGUUUGUACAAAUUGCAGGGGUUACUUGCCUUUACAAAAAUAGUAAUAAGAUAAUGUGGCAACAUGUAAGAAUUGCAGCACUUGAGCUGUUAAUGGAAUAUAUAUGUACUGUAAGUGUAUGUGAAAGUGUUGGAAGUGGUUUGAUGUCCAAGGUAAAAAGGCUGGAAAGGGCUCUGGUUAAGCUCAGUUCAUAUUCCAGUUAAUUAAA